AUCUGUUUAAGGAGCUGGCCAUUCUGAUUACUGCUUCAUAAUAUAUUUAUUCUCUCAUGAAGUUUGUUGUAAAUAAUCCACUAUGGUUCAAAAGGAACAAUGCUGUAUAUAAUUACAGCAUCACGAAGAAGGAUGACUUUCAUUACUCCACCAUAAAGUUGUCGUUAGCCCAAAAAGAGGAAAAACAAUGUGACAACAAAAAUUUUUGAUAACUUAUGCAGGGAUAUAAAACUUCCGACAGAUAGCAAAGUAUAAUCAGAAAACAAGUAGAAAGUUUCUCCUUGACAACUCCUAUUCCGAAGAAGAAUUUCUAUUGUGGUAAUGUGUAAAAGUGCUGCUGGUCUCUUUAUAAAUGGAGAAUGGAUGACUUUAGAUGAUGUACUUUCAGAUAAGGCGAAAGAAGAUGGUUGUUUCCAGGCAAAGUCAUCCAAAGAGAGAGCUGUCCACUUUAUAAUGAGUCAGAUUUUCUAUCAGGAGCUGGAAAGUCCAGAUGCAUUGGAGAUGGAGGCUGUAUUUGAUCUUCCUGACUUUACAGAUGAUAUAACCAUUCUCUGGCAGAAUGGUACAGCAGUUGGAUUUUACAGUACAAAACAGAAAGGUGUAACAGAUGAACGAACAGCUGAGCAGUAUCCAAUGGUCACUCUUGACUCUAUAUAUGUCUCCCCAUUUCAUCGACGAUGUGGAGCUGCUACAAAGUUACUUGAGCAUCUUGCUGCAACUCAUUGUGAUCAAGAUAUUGCUGUUAGUACGCCUAUCUCAUCCACAAUGAGAAAAGUGCUGAAGAAAUUUCUUGCAGAGAGACCAACAUACCGGCGAAAAUUUUGGGAAGUAGAAGGGACAGGACAAGAAGGAGACAGAAAAUUGAUAUGGUAUUCUCUUCUGAGGAAAGAAAGACUGUUACAGAAGACUGAAAGAAGUAAUUCACAAGUUCUUAUUUAGUCCUUUGAAGAACAAAAACCUAUGAAUGAAAAUUUUAGUAAUGUUUGUUAUGCCAUUUCAUCAGAACCAUGGAGGAGAAUGGAGAGAGAGAGAGAGAGAGAGAGAGAGAGAGAGAGAGAGAGAGAAUAAACCAACUUUCUCCCAAACAUUUCUUCUGUUAACGUAUAACUUUUUAUGUUCAUUUAUAUGGUGUCUCUUCUUCAUAAUGAAAUCUACAGCACACAGUGUCUGAAUAAAGGCAUAUAGUGGGA